AUGUUUACAUUACUGCCAUUUCCUAUAUCUAUGCAACACUCAUCGGGUUCACCGAAUAAUAAUUCAUCGACUGUAUGUUUAACAAAUUUACAAGCACCAUCAAAAAUUGAACAUAAAUGUGAACCGUUAGAUUCUUAUUCUUAUACAGCCGAUGAAUCAGCCAUUGCAGAUUUUAUGGCCGUUUUACCACAAUUAGAUCCAGGUGAUAUAAAUAGUUCAACAAGUAAUACAAACAAUUAACGACACUGAAAGAGAGCAGAAUGUACCAUUUAAAACAUAAAUCAUCAUCAUCAUUUUUUUCUCACCUAUGCAGCUUUCUUACCAGUUUUUGUUCGAUAGAAUGAUACAUCUAGUCUCUAG